AUGAGAUAUCCUCAGGGUCCUCAGACCAUGAAGACAUAUGGAGCAGAGGGUUGGGACUCGUGCUCACGCGCCCCACUACGCACCCGCUUCAACCUGGACAAUGGCCGGUCCCAGGAGCUGAGCAGAUUUUAUCAGCUGACCCAGCAGCACCGUGAGUUUUACCGGGACAGGAGCGGGAUGCUGUACCUUUCUCCUUACUUUGAUCUGCCCUCCAAGGAAAAGGAGACAUACCCUCAUCCCCUCGACCUACCACCACUCAGCCUGAAGACCCGCUGGCAUUUGCUGCGAGUGUCACCGUUGAACCUGAGGACCUACCAGACCUUCCCCUCGGGGAAAAGAGUCACUGCCCGGGAGAGAAAGAAUCGAGACAGCUUUUUUGAGAACCGAUCCUAA